GUAGCCGUUGCUUUUUACAGUGUCACCGAAGACAAGGAAAUCUUUAAAUUUUAAACUUUUAAGAUAAUAUUCGCAAAAACUCUUCUAGAAACAUGCGUGAGUGUAUCUCUAUCCACGUUGGCCAGGCUGGGGUCCAGAUCGGCAAUGCCUGCUGGGAGCUGUACUGCCUGGAGCAUGGGAUCCAGCCGGACGGACAGAUGCCCAGCGACAAGACCAUCGGAGGAGGAGAUGACUCCUUCAACACCUUCUUCAGCGAGACUGGAGCCGGCAAGCACGUCCCCAGAGCUGUGUUUGUGGACCUGGAGCCCACUGUGAUCGACGAGGUGCGCACAGGGACAUACCGACAGCUCUUCCACCCGGAGCAGCUCAUCACUGGCAAGGAGGACGCUGCCAACAACUAUGCCCGCGGGCACUACACCAUCGGCAAGGAGAUUGUGGACCUGGUGCUCGACCGCAUCCGCAAGCUGUCUGACCAGUGCACAGGACUGCAGGGCUUCCUGAUCUUCCACAGUUUUGGCGGUGGGACCGGCUCCGGAUUUGCCUCCCUGCUCAUGGAAAGGCUCUCUGUGGACUACGGCAAGAAGUCCAAGCUGGAGUUUGCAAUCUACCCGGCUCCGCAGGUUUCCACAGCAGUGGUGGAGCCUUACAACUCCAUACUGACCACCCACACCACCCUGGAGCACUCGGACUGCGCCUUCAUGGUGGACAACGAGGCCAUCUACGACAUCUGCAGACGCAACCUGGAUAUCGAGCGUCCGACCUACACCAACCUGAACCGGCUGAUCGGGCAGAUCGUCUCCUCCAUCACCGCCUCCCUGCGCUUCGACGGGGCCCUCAACGUGGAUCUCACAGAGUUCCAGACCAACCUGGUGCCCUACCCCCGCAUCCACUUCCCCCUGGUCACCUACGCCCCAGUCAUCUCCGCGGAGAAGGCCUACCACGAGCAGCUCUCCGUAGCCGAGAUCACCAACGCCUGCUUCGAGCCCGCCAACCAGAUGGUGAAGUGCGACCCGCGCCACGGCAAGUACAUGGCCUGCUGCAUGCUGUACCGCGGUGACGUGGUGCCCAAAGACGUCAACGCAGCCAUCGCCACCAUCAAAACCAAGAGGACCAUCCAGUUUGUGGACUGGUGCCCCACCGGCUUCAAGGUUGGCAUUAACUACCAGCCGCCCACAGUGGUGCCCGGGGGUGAUCUUGCCAAGGUGCAGCGCGCUGUGUGCAUGCUGAGCAACACCACCGCGAUCGCCGAGGCCUGGGCCCGCCUGGACCACAAGUUCGAUCUGAUGUACGCCAAGCGGGCCUUCGUACACUGGUACGUGGGAGAGGGGAUGGAGGAGGGAGAGUUCUCCGAGGCCCGGGAGGAUCUGGCAGCUCUGGAGAAAGAUUACGAAGAGGUGGGAGUCGACUCUGUGGAGGGAGAAGCUGAGGAAGGAGAGGAGUACUGAGAGAGGGGAUACUCCACUGAACAAACCCGCCUCGUACUGUAUGUGAGAGAGCCUAUUACUACUGUUUGUGAUGUUCCUGUUCCAAAUAAAAGCGUUCUAAUUUGGUUAA